GUUGACGCCCAGGCGAGAGCAGAGGCCGAACACAUUUUCCUGGAAAAGGACGAAAAUAACGACGGUGUCCUGACGAAGGAGGAAGUAGGCGUCGGGAAACACGCAACUCGGAUGAGCAUCCAAAUGACACAAUCGGAUGAAAACGUCAACAUUAUGAUCAAGGAUGAGUUGUGA